AAAUUUUUAAUCAAAUUUUUUAAUAACAAGAAAAAAUAGGUAUCAAAAAAAGUAAUCAUUAUAAAUUAAAAAAAUACAUUUUUUUUGAAAAAAUAAAAAAAACCAUAAGAGUGUAUUUAUUAAGUAAGAAGUACUAAUAAUUAGAAUUCAUAAAUGUGUCUUCCUUUUGAAAAUAUAUAACCAUCUACAUAGAAAGCUAAAUAAUGUGUAAAUAUAUUAAAACUUUUAGCAUUGUGUGAAUUAGUAAUUUCUCUGCUCAAAAUGAUUCUAUUCAAAGAUAUUGUUUCAGGUAUUUAUGAGUUAUUAAGUUGCUUUAUUUUAUGGAUGAGCUGGGCAUAACUCUCUUACUGCUUUUGCUUAUUUUACAUCGUUUAUAUUUGUGUUUUAGGAAGUAUUUCAUAUGCUGUAGGCUUACUAACUCCUAUAUAAAAUAAUUAGCCAUUUUUUGGAAAUACAGGUAGAGACCAUGCAAUUGUAGUUUUUUGCAUCAUAUUUUUGAUAUUUUACAUAGCUGCUGCCUAUUUUACAUUCUAGGCUUAUAAAGAAUUUAAAGCAUGCUAAUACGAAUAAGGAUAAUAUGGAAUGAUGGGUUUACAAGGAGCUGGUCAAGGCUAAGCAGUUGGAGGAGCUUCAUAUUCUGGAAGCAGUUAAAGAAAUAAUUAAAAUUAUGGAACAAACUAUAACUAUGGUGGAUCAGGAAGUGGAGAUAAUGAGGCAUACUAUCCUCCUCCUUCUUCUAACACAAUCGAAAAUAACCGCAACUAAAAUGCAAGUACAUCAAAUCAAGGAGGAACUUCUUAUUUCUAAGGAAAGGGUGUCCGUAUUGGCUGA